CUUCCUGCAUGUGCCGACAAUAUGGCAGCGCCUGUAGCGAUUCACCUGGAGUUUGGAGGAGGAGCAGAGCUGCUUUUUAAUGGUGUGAAGGAGCAUCAUGUGACACUUCCAAGCCAAUCAGAACCUUGGGACAUGAAGCAGCUGCUGGUCUGGAUCCAACGGAACCUGCUGAAGGAACGGCCUGAGCUCUUUGUCCAAGGAGACUCUGUGAGACCUGGGAUUCUGGUGCUCAUCAAUGAUGCAGACUGGGAACUAAUGGGGGAGCUGGAUUACCAACUGCAAGACCAGGACAACGUUGUGUUCAUUUCUACUCUUCAUGGAGGAUAGAAAAUGAGUGAGGAAGGCAAACAUAUCCCUGACAUCUCUGUAACAGCUUUUCCUCCGCAUCCUCUACACUCUUCCCUCUUUCCCCUGACAUCCCAACAACACGUCACCCCAUUGGAUGCUGUGAAACGUGUCAACCUGCACCGUGACGACUGAGAUGAUUGAUGUUGGUCCGCAGGAAUGAGUGGAAAUUCAGAGAUGGUUACUGAGAAAAAUGUGGAAGCUGUGAGACAGGAAUUCUGCGGACUUUUUCGUAAAUACCAUUAUUUUUCUUUUUUCUUUUUUUUUUUCUUUUUUUUUUAAAUCAAGGUGGACAGGCUCAAGUGGCAGUCAGACGAAGCUCUGGUUGUACUGGGCGGCUCACAGGUGCCAGUGUAAAUACCUACAGUUAGUGUGUAUGCCUUCAUCUCCCUGCAAUUUCUCUUCCAGUGUGACUGUGAAGGACAAAAUGACCUUAUCUUGAGUUCUGGUCAAGAAAAUAUUAAAGUAAAGGUAACACUUUAACCCUCACUAAUUAGCAUUUAUUAGCUGCAUUUACACAUUUAAUAAAUUGUUCACACUAUAUUGUAGCUGUAUGCAGAUAUGAUGACAUUGGAAGUGUUCAUUAAUGUCUUUGUCAACAAUUGUGCUCAUAUGAAUACAUAUUUUAUAUGAUUACAACUGUGUUAUAUUACCAUCGUUCAUUAUCUGUUCAUACACCAGCCACCACUUAUGGAAGCUUCACAGGUGAAGUUGUCAAAUACAUUAAUAAACACCUAAAAAUGUAUUUCUAGCUACUUACACCUACAUUAUAGUGUGUUAUGAACUAUUUAUUCAUUGUCAACACAGUGCUUAUAAAUGCUAAUGUUAGAAUAA